GGCAAGCAAACGUCAUCAGCUUGUGGUUGUAGUGGCGUAGCAGACAGACAGACAGACAGACAGAGAGACAGGCAAACUGACAGACAGACUCCCCGCAGGGAUCCCCACGGUCCCAACCACUGUAAACCGUGUAGAUGGCCGCUCGAGGGGAGUAACUUGGUGAAGGCUGCCGCAAACAUCAUUUAGUUAUCCAGAAAGUGUCCGAGGCGCUAUUUAACUUUACAAUGGAGCAAGAAUUUGAAGACAUUGAUUUCUCCGGGGGAUGGCAAAACGUUUACAACGAGAUCCGGAACCAAGCCAAUGAAUAUCCCUACAAUGUGGCAAAACUGGCUGUGAAUCGUAAUUUGAAUCGCUACAGAGAUGUUAGUCCAUAUGAUCACAGCCGGGUAAAACUUGAAAGUUCUGAAAAUGACUACAUCAAUGCAAGUUUAGUCUCAGUGGAAGAAGCCCGUAGAGCUUACAUUCUUUCUCAGGGUCCUUUAAGGAACACUUGUGGUCACUUCUGGCUGAUGAUUUGGGAGCAGUGUUCCAAAGCCGUUAUAAUGCUGAACAGAAUCAUUGAAAAGGGAUCUGAAAAGUGUGCGCAGUACUGGCCAACUACGGCGGAACAACAAAUGUCCUUCACUGACACCGGUUUUGUUGUCAGGCUACUGUCAGAGGAGGAUCAUUCCUAUUUCAAAAUCCGUGUGCUAAAAUUGCAAAACGUCAAGACAGGGGAGUGGAGAUCGAUUUAUCACUUUCACUACACCGCGUGGCCGGAUUUUGGUGUGCCGGAAUCUCCUGCCUCCUUCCUCAACUUCCUUUUCAAGGUUCGGGAGUCUUGUUCACUGGGCACAGAGCAUGGGCCCUCAGUUGUGCACUGCAGUGCUGGGAUUGGGCGUUCUGGGACCUUUGCCUUGGUGGACACCUGCCUGGUCUUGAUGGAUCGGAGGAAUAAUCCGUCCUCGGUGGACAUACAGAAGGUUCUUCUGGACAUGAGGGAAUACCGCAUGGGCCUGAUCCAGACUCCUGAUCAGCUGCGCUUCUCGUACAUGGCUGUCAUCGAGGGAGCCAAACUCCUUGGGACCAACAUUUCAGCACAGGUCAAGCCAGUGGUGGUGUCCAGAGAUGAUUUGGAGACAGAGCUGCCUCCACCUCUCCCUCCACCGAGACCUCACUUAAACAACAGCAGACCUUGCAUGGAGUUCGAGCUCACCUCCAAAGACCACAUGCCUUUGCUUGGAGAGAAGCCACAGUACCAAGAUCACAGCGAGGCAGAGAGCACUGGACAUGUGAAGAAGCGACACCGUGAAGAGAAGAUUGCCAGCAUCUCACAGAAGGUCCAGCAGAUGAAACAGAGACUGAGCGACUCGGAGAGAAAAAAAGAGAAGUGGCAGUACUGGAGACCCAUUCUGCUUAACGUCGGUGCAGGUGCUGCAUUGGCUUUUGGUCUGCUGGUGUGCUGGAUGUACUCCCAGUGAGCAUCUCGCAGUCACUUCGAACUGACUCUUAUUUUGCACCAGUACCUGAGAUUAGGUACUUCUCAAAGUAGAUUUAGAGGGUAUUUAUUUCUUAAGGUCACAAUGCAGGAGUGCUAGAUCAAAUGACUGUGUAUAUUUUUAAUAGAUCUAAACAAAAUUAGUUACAUCUCAGGAUCUUGGUGCCAGCAUGAGGAUUUCCUUUUUCUUCUUGUCUCUGAAUGUACUGUAUCAUUUCAUGGAAAAUAUGUAUGAAAGGUGCAGUGCAGAAGACAAUUGUAUUUUAUUUUUUUCAUUUACAAUGAUCAGAUAGGCAUACCCCAUUCUAUGUCACAUCUUUACAUUUAGAAAUUCAAAAUGACUGUUCAGGAAUUUGAUACUCGAGCGUUGGGAGUUAGGUCCCACGCCCCCAUCACUCGUUGAAUUAAUGCAUUUAGUGUUUCUGAAAGGCACCACUUGUUCUUCCAUUCACAUUCAGCGGGGCAUCCCAAAAUUGAUUAAGUGUAUAUUUUUAGUCGGCUAGACACUUACGAGAGCUGCCUUGCUUCUGAUUUUGCUUCAGAAAAAAACGUUUUAUCUUACAGCAUAUGAGUGAGUAUUUAGCUUUCAUGUCCUUUGUUUGGAUCCGACAAAUGGUCGGGUCGUUCACCUCGUGGUGCAGGUAUUGUCCCACUGGCUGGGCUCAUUUUGUGUCAUUACAAGUUAUCCCACUGUUUCGCUUUCAGGAAACCAAGGCAAUAUAUUCAUUUACUCAAUUAAUUUGUGUUCUCUGAUUGGUGGAAUGUAGACUCUGUCGGAUCUGUGACACAGCUGACUCCUAUUUCUUGUUGCACCUUGGAGUUGCAUGUAACCGCAUUGGUUUGCAACUAACUGGGACCAAGCUGUAUCAGUUGGAAGUGUACAGUGGGUUAAAAUUCCUCUGAGCAAAUGUAAAUGCCUGUUUGUUGUUUGAGGAUGUGCCUUCAUGUGAUUUUAAAUGGAACAAAUGUGUGCGACCAGGUUUACUGCAAUCUCAAGAUCUUACUUCACGUGAGCUUUUAUCUCACUCUCCCCGCCCCCUUCCUCGAACCAAAACAAAAAUACAGGUGCCCAGGAUUUUGUCAUUUCUGUCACAAGCACACAGUCUCAUUUAUAUGUCUUCACAUUGAACUCAUAAACCUUUUUAUUCAUGGCAUUCCAUUUGUUUUUGCUUUCCAGAUUCAAUGUUUUCAUUUUGGUCCCACAUCUAGCCACAAUGACAACAUUUGUUGUUUGAACAAAACAACAUGAAAUACUUCUUAAUAAAACAAUAUCCUUUUUUUCCAAAACCUGGCAUUGCAUCUGUUAUUUUUAAGAGAUUUUAUGGUAUUCAUGACAGUGUUCCAACUUCUCUGUUUAGCAUUUGCUGUACUGUUGCCGCAAUUUCAUUCAGUUGCAUGAGUUUAAUAACUCCUGUCAGACUGGCAAUGUUCUCCUCUUGGAUUCCAGGAAGGGAUUCAGCAUUUCUUGAAGUCCUGGCCCGGAUUAAGCACCAUAGUUUCAUAUGCUGUUAUCUGAUGUGCUCGCGGGAGGACUUUUCCUAGUAAAUUGUUCAGGAAAAAAUGUAUAUCCAUAUGAAAACUGGCAAAAUUCCGAAUGGUAAUCAUGCCUCCUGGCUACAAUACAACAAAGACAUCUGGGGGAAUAAUUUUUUACAUAUUAAAAAAACUAAACAAUAAUCAAGUCACACAAAUUAGCUGCACUUUUAAUAAUAUAAGGUCAUGUCAUUACAGUAUUGCAAUUCCACCACGACAGAUGAAACUGUAAACAUUCAGUUUUACAAACGUCCUUAAACCCGUAAGGCAUCUGACUUGACAAAUCUUUUGCUAUUUUAUCCUGUUCAAUCAUAGCAACUACCAAGAUUCGAACAAGCCCAGCAAACAAUAUAAAA